AUGGUAGAGCUGUGCUUUGUUCUCGAUCUUCGGAGCUUGCCGCCUCCAUUUCUCAGAGACUUAAAGCUGUCGCUGUUGCAGCUCGCUAAUCUCUACGCGAUCUCGCCGUCGCCGGCUUGGCGCAGAUCGGAGUCGCUCCGGGAUCGGAUAGGCCUGUGCUUCGUGUUCAAGAAUCCGAUGACCUCUUCCGAUCAGCUGAAGAUUGUGUACACGCCUAGUCCAAGCGGCAGCUUCAGCCUAAGGGACUUCCACCACGCCGUGAAUGCCUUGCCGGAGAAUGCAUUCCAGCCUCAGAUGGACGAUUCCGGUGCUCUCCUUGUCACUGAUUUGAAGCUUUCGAGUGUUAUCAAUGAUGAAGUGUUGUACCACUGGGGAGGUAGAGAUAUCAUGAGGAAAGUGAUUGUGAUCACCUCCUGCUUGCCUCGAGAUGUGGACUUUAGCAUGCAAAAGACUCUCACUGCUGCCGCGGAUAAGUGUGUUUCUGUUGAGUUUCUGUUGUUUGAGCAAAAAUCAGCCCAUCUCAGCAAUGCAAAAGAGAAUAUCAAGAGUUUCAUAACUUGCAUCUCUGAGCUUGAUAAUUGUUCAUUCCAAACAUGUCUCCCAGAUCCCAGAGUAUUGCAUGGCCUGGUAAACCGAUGGUUACGGGAUUUAAAGGAUGACAUUGAGGAACCGAUGCAAGCUCGUUUUAACUUCAAGCAGAAUCUUGUGGGCUCUGUGAACCAGAUAUCUUGCAACUUGUACGUAUCUGUCAACCAGAUUGUUGAUGGUUUCUAUCCCUGUGAGACAUGCAGAUGUCAUGCCAUUUCUCUGGAAGAUGCUGUUUUAGUAAAAAUGGAGGAACCUUGUUGUCCAGUCACAGGGCGUAAUAUCGAAAGAUCUGAUGUCAUAGGAAAUUCUGUGAAAGUUGGAGAAAGAACAAUCCUGUUGCUUCCCUCAUUCAAGAGCCCUGUUAAGCUCAAGCGUGCUUCUUCACCAAUUGAUUUCAGUGUCAUUGAGAGGACUAACUUGGGUGCCCUAAGUGAAGGUGUUCUAAUGGGAGCUUCAUAUGUUGUCAUUCCAUCAAGUUUCCAGGAAAUGGAAACUGCUUCAGAUGAGAUCGAUCAGUCAGAUGUGAAUACUGAGAUUUUCCGAGGGAUUUGCAGUGCUCUACAUUCAAUGGACCAGGGUUUGGUGUGUUCUUCAAAUUGUAAUAUAGAAACUAUGACCGAGGCCACUUUGCAAUGCUAUUAUAUUCUCCAACCUUCAAACAAUGGGCCAAUGCUUCUCAGGCACAUUGCAGGAUCAGAGGAACUUUUGCACAUUCCUAACCUCAAUCAGUUAACUGUUUCCUCAGUGAGGAAGGACUUUGAGGAUUCUGUUAAAGACUGCUUGUCAAGGAUUGACAUAAGAGACUAUAAUCCAAUGCUGCAUGAGAGGGGCUUCCAUCAGAAAUUAAACUUGCUUGUGAAGGAGAGCUUACUCCUUGGGUCACUAUCCCCAAUCAUGGAAGAGGAAAUAUAUGAAUCGAAGGCAACCCAAACAAAAUUUUCAGAAGUGAUAGGGCAGUCUGAUCCAACAAUAGAUAUUGAAGCCAUCCAAGAGGAACCCUCAAUGUUGGUGGAUCUGACAGAGGAAGAAGACAAAACAUCAACUUGCAUUACAGAAGAGUGGGAGCAGCUGGUUGUGAAUGAUGUCUCCAAGUUACGUUCUCCACUUUGCACUUCCAAACCUAAGCCAGAUCAGUCAGUUCAAUCACCACCAGAUGGUACCCGCCAACUUGAUGCAAAGACAUCAAGGAUUUUAGAGAGACUUGAGGUGCCAAGACAGUUCAGAAGAGAAUCACUUUUGCCAAAUCUAACUAGCAAAGGUGUGAUGAAUUCACAUGGUCAGGUAAAAAAGCCUUUGCUCCCUUACAAGCCUACUUGUGCCCCGGACCAAAGUAUUGUGACUAGUUCCCAACUAAUAAAACCAAACUUCCAGAGGCUAAAAAGGAAAUUCAAAUAAAAAAGAAUUCUUCUCUGAGUGAAGUAAUAUAGUA